AUGGCUGAAGUAGUUCACCGUAUAACAGAACUUACACAUCUACGUAUUUCAUGGUUCGGUUGUUCUGAUGACGAUGCAUGCAAUCGUCUUAAUCAUCGUCAUACUGUUUUAAUGUUACUUAUCUUUUCAGCUAUUCUCACUUCACGUUUAUUCAUUUCUGAUUUAAUUAUAUGCUGGACACCGGGUGAAUUCACAGGUAAUUUUGUUUCAUACACUCGGCAUUAUUGUUAUGUAACAAAUACAUAUUAUAUAUCAAUGAAUGAAACUAUUCCAACGUUAGCUAAUGCUCAUAUACGUCGUCGACGUUCAAUUUAUUAUUAUCAAUGGUUACCAAUAUUACUUGCAUUUCAAUCAUUAUUAUUUCUUAUUCCGCGUUUACUUUGGAGUAGUUUUAGUUCACGUUGUGGAAUUAAUUUACAACAUUGUUUAUCACCGAAAUUUGAUUAUCGAACAAGUCGAUAUAAAGUUCAACAUAUAACAACAAUGCUUAAUUUAUUAGCACGUACAAAACAACAUGAUUUUAAUCGUAUGACAACAAAUGAACCAGGUGGAUCAUUAAAUUCAAAUAGUUUAUCAUCACAUCAAUCAUCAUUAUUUAAAUUUUUACAUAUGUUUUGUAUGCCAUUUAUAUUUCUUACUGGUAAUUCAACUCAGGGUUAUUAUUUAGCACAUUUAUUUCUUAUUGUUAAAAUACUUUUUCUUCUUAAUUCAUCAUUACAAUUAUUCUUUUUAAAUACAUUAUUAACAAAAAAUUCAAUUAUAUAUGGUCUUGAAGUUUUUGAUAAUUUUCGUCGUGGAGAAUAUGUUAUUGGUACAAGAAUAUUUCCAUUGAGUGUUUAUUGUGAUUUUAAUAUUGUUAAAAUUGGUCAACCAACACUUUAUACAGUUCAAUGUUUAUUACCAAUGAAUGUAUUUAAUGAGAAAAUAUUUACUAUUAUUUGGUUUUGGUUAGUUUUUUUAACUAUAACAAAUUUUAAUAGUCUUUUAUUAACAAUAAUUCGUAAUAGUUUUAAUCAAUUUAAUUAUUCUUAUGUUGCAAAUUAUUUAAAUUUAUAUUCUAAAACUGAACGUUUUAAACGACAAAUACUUAUUAAACGCUUUAUUUUUGAUUAUUUAUCAGCUGAUGGUGUUUUAAUAUUACGAUUAAUAUCAGAAAAUAUUAGUGAUUUAUUAACAAGUGAAGUUGUUAAUGAACUUUGGGCUGAAUAUAAAAAAUUAGCAGGUUUAUCUGCAAAAAAUCGUGAAAAAUAUCUUUCAAGUCAACGAUUAAAAACUUUUCAUGUAUCAACAACAAGUCAAUCUCAUGGAGAAACUACAACAGCUCAAACAAGAGAUAUUUAUAGUCGUUAUAGUGCUCGCUAA